ACGCGUACUGUCUCGGACGUCAUUCCGCUUAGUACCAAACAAAAAUUCGGCGCGCUAUUUAAUGGAAUCAUUUUACUGUAAUAUUUAAAACUUUAAACAAGAUUGAUUCACAAUAAACGAGAGAGAGAAACUUGAACUGGAAGACAUGUCUAAACGGGAUGCUUUUCUUCAAACUGUCAGCAAAGAUACAGUGAAUGAAUUUCUCAGCUUUAUAAAGCUACAUAAAGAGGAUUCAGAUCCAUUUGAUAUAAAUGAGUUGCUGCAGGAGUUGCCAAGAAAACAAAAAACAGAAUUAUGGGAGAGGCUGAGAAAAUUGUUAACAGAUGUUCUGGUGGAGAAUCCAGUAGAGACGUGGCUGCAACUUGAUGAUGACAGUGAUGAUGACAUGGAAGUAGAGAACUCUCCUAAUGUGAAAAUGACAAUGGCUGUGCUUGGAGCAGUGGCUAAUUUAGUUGCUGCUUCUGUAUCGGUUGUGGAUCAAGAUAUUGCAUACGGAUCCCUAUUGGAGUGUGCUGUUGUACUUAGUGGUGUUUUACAUGCACUCCCAAAAUCUGAGGCAGUUCUGCCAGCUGCUAUUUUACGGUUAUGUGAAACAUGGUGGGAUAAAGGACUGGAGGGGAAAGAAGAACUUGGAAAGUCAGCAUUUGCUAUUCUAAUGAAGAAAAGUCUUUCAGACAAAAAUACGGCUAAAGAUAUUAUUCGACUUUGGCACCUCCAUCAAGUCUUGCUUCAUUUUGAUUACAAUUCACAAGACAGUGAUUCUAUAAAAGACCUACUUCUUCAGUGUUUCAUGAAUAUAAACUACAUUAAGAAGGAGGAGGGAAGAAGAUUUCUAAGCUUUUUGUUUAGCUGGAAUAUUCAUUUCAUAAAGAUGAUCCAUGACACCAUCAAAAACCAGAUGCUGUGCUUUCCAAAGUCAUUGAUGGCUCAUAUUGCUGAAAUUUACUUCAGAGCUUGGAAGAAAGCCUCAGGAAGUGUUUUACAGACCAUUGAAACAAGUUGCAUACAAGAUUUUAUGCACCAUGGUGUUCACCUGCCCAGGAAUUCUCCUGUGCAUCCCAAAGUACGAGAGCUCUUAAGUUAUUUUCACCAGCAGAAACUUCGUCAAGGUGUAGAAGAAAUGUUGUACACACUUUAUCAACCUAUCCUAUGGAGAAGUUUAAAGGCUAGAAAUUCAGAUGUUCGUGCCAAUGCUGCCUUACUUUUUGUGGAAGCAUUUCCUCUGCGUGAUCCCAGUCUUGAUACUGAAGAAAUGGAUAAUGAAAUUCAAAGGCAAUUUGAAGAACUUUUUUCUCUUCUUGAAGACCCCCAGCCACUCGUCCGCUCUACUGCUAUUCUUGGAGUUUGUCGCAUAACUGCUAGAUACUGGGAGAUGAUUCCAGUUACCAUACUUACAGAUCUCCUUAACAAAGUACUUGGAGAUUUAGCUUCAGAUACAAGCUCAGCUGAUGUGCGCUGCUCUGUUUUUAAGUGUUUGCCUGUCAUUUUGGACAACAAACUGAGUCACCCAUUAUUGGAGAAACUAUUGCCUACACUAAGAAACAGUCUCCAUGAUAAUUCUGAGAAGGUUCGAGUAGCUUUUAUAGAUAUGCUGUUGAAAGUAAAAGCAGGAAGGGCUGCUAAGUUUUGGAAAAUUUGCCCUAUGGAGCACCUUCUGGCCCGGCUUGAGAUAGAUUCUCGUCCAGUUGCAAGGCGCAUUGUUAACCUCCUUUUCAACUCAUUCUUCCCAGUGAAUCUACCCGAAGAAGUGUGGUGUGAACGAUGUGUUACAUUAAUACAAAUGAAUGCCAUGGCAGCAAGAAAGUUUUAUCAGUAUGCUUACGAACACACAGCUCCUACAAACAUAGCAAAAUUAAUGCUUACGAUCCGUCGAUGCUUGAAUGCUUGCAUCCAGAAAUUAAUUCGAGAAGAAGGAGGAGAUGAUGAGGAAGAAAAUAACAAAGAAAAUUCAAGUGUGCUGGAUGAAGUCUUGUCGGCACAUGAUGCAUCUACUAUGGCCAGUUUAUUAGAGAUAGUAGUUAUUCUCUGGAAAAGCAUUAGUAAAGCACUAGAUCAGAAUGAAGAGGCCAGUGAUUACACAAUAAGUAAAUUUGCUUCUGUAUUGCCAGAAUAUUUAAGAAUAUUUAAGGAUGAACGUUGUGUGGUCCCAUUAAUAAUUAUGGCAUCAUUUAUGCCUGCAUCAUCUAUUCCAACUUUCAGCUGUGGAGUUGUAUCCAAGCUAAGAAACUUUGAUGAUGGUGCAGGCGAAAGCAAAUACUCCACUUUAAUAGACUGUCUCUGUAAAUGGGGACAGGUGGGACAUAUUCUGGAGUUGAUUAUUGACUGGCUGUCUGAUGCAGUGCCACAAAACCAGCAGAGUAAGCGGGAUUCUGCACGUCAUGUGCGUAUCCAGGAAAACAUGGAAUCCAAGCCAGAACUAGCUCUUGAUUAUCUUGAAUAUAUACUUGAGCAUACUAUGAAUCGUGAUUAUUUACUAACUGUAUCUCACAAAAAGUUGAGCCAGCUCCUGAAACUGCUUGGAUCUGUAAAGGAUGAGUUGUAUUUAUUCAUCAAAAUUCCUGACAGACAGCCACAAAAAAUAAAACAUGAUACAGCACUAAGGGCCUUCUGCUUGCACUGCCGACUCUGUGUUCAUCUUCAACAUAAGUUUUGUGAUGGUGAAAGAACAUAUCUUGUGGUUCUUGAAUGCAGUGGCACAUGGCUAGAUGAAAAGGUUCUGCCGUUCCUUCAGGCAGCUUUAGAUGAAGAACAGGUUUCUGAACAGUCGUGGAAUUUUGCCAAGCAGCUUAUUGAGAUGUAUCUGAUGGUUUGUAAAGAUGUUCUAAUCAUCGGCCUAGCAGAUUCAGAAUUCCAAGAACAACUUUUGGAUCUUGCCCUUGCAGUAAUGCAGACAGACAGGGGAUUCUUUUGCCUCCCAUUACUGGUGUCUAUAUUAAAGGAAGUAACCGACAUAUGCCUUACACAGCUUUUUGAACAUACUGGUGAAGAGCUUGUCGCCCUCCUUGAAGUAGUCCAGAAUGUAUUUCAGAAAGCUCUAGAAACUGUUGCACGCAGGCUGAAAAAGCAGAGAGAGGAUGCUCUACAGAUUAUUUAUACUAUUGAACCACCUCUUGGGGAAUUUCUUAACACUGUUCAGUGCUGGCAUGCUGCUUGCCCAGAAGUUCACCGUGGAGUACUUUCUACAAUCUUAGCUGCUGUUGUGGUAGAGAUAAGUCAUUGCUUGCAGAAGGUAUCUAAUGUAGAAGACUUUGUUGUACCAGAAACCUUGGCUGAUUUGCCACCUCUGUCAACGUGUUUAUUACAAGUAGUACAGAAAUCUCCAAAUAUGACCAGUGCAUUUUUUAUUGAGCUGGUGGAAUGCAUUGACUCAAAAACAGUUGAGGGAAUUUUUGGAUUGACAGCAACUAUUCAUAUUCUGAAAGUACUCGGUAAAGGGAAUUUUAAAGGAGCAGUGCUUAAAGAAGCUGCAGCUACUAUUCAAAGUCAUUUACAAAGUGGCAGAGAAGUUGCCUUUCAAGAUGAUCUUAAAAGAUUUUUUUAUGAAUCUUCUGAUAAACUGCUGGAUGAAGUUUUACAGUCUUAACCAAUCACCAUCCUGAAGGGAAUGAUUUUUGUGUCAUCUUUAUCUGGAAACUGUUUUCAAUAAAGUGGAGAAAAGAAAAGAAUGAGACAGCAGAACAAAGUUGGAAAGUUGGCAGUUAUGUUGUAAAUACUGAUAGAAUGGUGUCGUCUAAUUUUAUUUUAUAUUGUGUGAUUGUGGGAUCACUGAAACUGUCUGCCACAAGUGUAUUUUUUCAUUCCUUUUAGUCACUGUACACUUCUUAUGAGAUAUUUUUUAAACUCUUGAAUAUAAUCCUAAUUCAUUAGGCCUUAAUUCACUUGAAUUAGGCUUGUCUACAACUUUACUACAUUUUCUUCCAAAUAAAUAUCAUUAUAUUGGCAUUGUUAUUGUACAAAAAUGUAAAUCUUGCUAUGCAUUUUAAAUUAUAGAUUUCAUUAUGUUAUUGGAAAAAAGAUUACAUUAUUUAAAGUAACACAAAUGAAAGAAAAAUUUGAUGUUAUGUAAAAAAAUUAUGGAAUUUGUACAGCUGUGUAGUCACUGUUUAUAUUGCAGGAGCUUAUUAAAAAAGUGAGUGUGAAUGUAUAUAAUUUAACCAUGUCUUAUUUAAACAAAGAUCAACAGUAAAAGAAUUUUUAAAGCA